AGGAACAAUGGCUUUGACGUCCUCUAUCACAACAUGAAGCAUGGACAUUUGUCAACAAAAGACUUAGCAGACUUUCUAAGAGAAAGGGCUACAAUAGAGGAGGCAUAUUCAAGGUCAAUGACAAAACUAGCCAAAUCGGCGAGCAAUUACACACAACUUGGGACAUUUGCGCCAGUUUGGGAUGUUUUCAAAACCUCAACAGAAAAACUAGCAAGCUGUCACUUGGAUCUUGUGCGGAGAUUACAAGAGCUAAUAAAAGAAGUUCACAAGUAUGGAGAUGAACAAAUCAAGGCUUAUAAAAAGACUAAAGAAGAUGUGUCAGGAACAUUGGAAGCAGUACAAAAUAUUCAAAGUAUCACUCAGGCCUUACAGAAAUCAAAGGAAAAUUACAAUGCAAAGUGCGUUGAACAAGAACGUUUGAAAAAGGAAGGAGCAACACAGCGUGAAGUUGAUAAGGCAGCAGUUAAAUCAAAAAAAGCUACAGAUACCUAUAAACUAUAUGUGGAUAAAUAUGCUGCAUUUAAAUCUGAUUUUGAACAAAAAAUGACAGAAACUGCACAGAAAUUUCAAGACAUUGAAGAAAUGCACCUUCUUCGUAUGAAAGAAAUUAUAGAAUCAUUGUCAAAUACCAUAAAAGAAAUUCAUUUACAAAUAGGAGAGGUGCAUGAAGAGUUUAUUAAUAACAUGGCAAAUACUACAGUUGAGAGUUUAAUACAGAAAUUUGCAGAGUCAAAAGGAACUGGCAAGGAAAGACCUGGCCCUAUUGAAUUUGAAGAAUGUAACACAUCCAGUGCAGUUGAAGGGAUAAAACCACGAAAGAGGAAGCCUUUUGGUUUAUCAGGAAUAAUGAAAAAAGAAAAAGAUACUGAAUCUGUGGAGUGUCCAGAUACAGACUCUGUUAACAAUCCUGAUGUAGACGAUGAAGGAUACAGCAUCAAACCAGAAGCAACACAGGAUACCAAAGAGAACCAUUUCUAUUCAUCCAGUGAUUCUGACUCUGAAGAUGAUGAACCCAGGAGAUUCCAUGUAGAAAUAAAACCUGUCCAACCAAAUAACAGCUCUCAAUAUACCAUGCCUUCAUUGGAUGAAUUAAAAGUGUCUAUAGGCAACAUCACCCUUUCUCCACCAGUAUCUAGACACAGUCCUGCACAAAUGAAUCGCAAUUCAUCUAGUGAAGAGUUAACAAAAUCAAAGCUUUCUGCUCCCACUAAUGAAAAAGGGAACAGUGAUCUCCUGGCAUGGGAUCCACUCUUCAGCAGUUCUCUAGAGUCUUCCUCUUCAGCUUCAUUGGCAUCCUCAUCUUCCUCAGCAAGGCCCACAACUCCUCUUUCUGUAGGCACCCUUGUACCCCCGCCAAGGCCUGCUUCAAGACCAAAGCUAUCUACUGGGAAACUUAGUGGGAUUAAUGAAAUACCUAGGCCAUUCAGCCCUCCAUUGACUUCUAAUUCAAGUCCACCUCCUGCAGCUCCCUUGGCACGUGCAGAGAGCAUUUCCUCAAUAUCCUCUUCUGCUUCCCUCAGUGCAGCAAACACACCUACAGUAGGUGUUUCACGUGGUCCCAGCCCUGUCAGCCUUGGAAACCAGGACACCUUGCCUGUUGCAGUAGCCCUUACUGAAUCUGUUAACGCCUACUUUAAAGGAGCAGAUCCCACAAAAUGUAUUGUGAAGAUCACCGGUGAUAUGACAGUAUCAUUCCCAAGUGGGAUUAUUAAAGUCUUCACCAGCAACCCAUCUCCACCUGUGCUCUGCUUCAGGGUAAAAAACACAAGCAAACUAGAGCAGAUUCUUCCGAAUGCACAACUUGUAUACAGUGAUCAGUCACAAAGUGACUCCAGUACUAAGGAUUUUUGGAUGAACAUGCAAGCUAUAACUGUCUACCUCAAGAAAUUAUCUGAGCAGAAUCCAUCUGCAUCCUAUUACAAUGUGGAUGUUUUAAAAUAUCAGGUAUCUUCAAAUGGCAUCCAGUCCACUCCCUUGAAUCUUGCAACUUACUGGAAAUGUAAUGCUAGCACUACUGAAGUGAGAGUGGAUUAUAAGUACAAUCCAGAGUCUAUGAAUGUUCCAAGUAUGCUGUCUAAUGUCCAGGUUGCAGUACCAGUAGAUGGAGGAGUGACAAAUAUGCAAUCACUUCCACCUGCAAAAUG